UUGCGUUUCGCGUGUGUGUGUUUUUCUUAGCGUUCGUUCGUUUGUCGCGUCGCGGAUAUAGUUAAUUUCAGUUUUUACGAAUUUCUCCAUAGAAUAAAUUUGAUUGUGAUGUAGGAAGUGCGAUCAAAACAUAAGAAUGUCGUUGGAAAUUCCGUUGAUGAGCACCGAUGAGGUGAUCGAGCUAGACCCAGAGCAGUUACCAUCUGGAGAUGAAGUGCUGGGGAUAUUACAGCAGGAAAGAUCCCAACUUAAUGUUUGGAUCAAUGUCGCCCUUGCCUAUUACAAACAAAGGAAGAUUGAUGACUUCCUCAAGAUACUGGAGGCGUCCCGAGUGGACGCCAACAUUGACUACAGGGAUUUUGAACGAGACCAAAUGCGAGCACUUGACAUGCUGGCUGCAUAUUAUGUCCAGGAGGCAAACAAGGAGAAGUCUAAGGAUAAGAAGAAGGAGUUGUUUACUAAAGCAACACUGUUGUACACAAUGGCAGAUAAAAUUAUCAUGUAUGAUCAGAACCAUCUUCUCGGCCGAGCCUACUUCUGUCUUCUCGAAGGUGAUAAGAUGGAACAAGCUGAUGCCCAAUUCAACUUCGUGCUGAACCAGUCUCCCAAUAAUGUUCCCUCUUUACUCGGCAAAGCCUGCAUAGCUUUCAACCGCAAAGACUACAGAGGAGCCCUAGCGUUUUACAAGAAAGCUCUCCGGACUAACCCGGAGAGCCCGGCUGCUUUACGUUUGGGCAUGGGACAUUGUUUUAUGAAGCUGAAUAAUCAGGAAAAAGCAAGAAUGGCGUUCGAAAGGGCCCUUCAGUUGGACCCGCAGUGCGUGGGCGCGCUGGUCGGCCUGUCCAUCUUGAAGCUCAACCUUCAGGAGAAUGAGUCCAACAAGAUGGCGGUCAUCAUGCUGUCGAAGGCAUACGCCAUUGACCCCAAAAACCCAAUGGUGUUGAACCAUUUGGCAAACCACUUCUUUUUUAAAAAGGACUACAGCAAGGUGCAACAUUUAGCUCUCCACGCAUUCCACAACACAGAGAACGAAGCAAUGCGAGCUGAAAGUUGUCAUCAUUUAGCCCGGGCCUUCCACGCACAAGGGGACUGCGACCAAGCCUUCCAGUAUUACUAUCAGGCCACGCAGUUCGCUCCGCCCAACUUUGUGUUGCCCCAUUAUGGAUUGGGACAAAUGUAUAUUUAUAGAGGCGACACUGAGAAUGCCGCCCAAUGCUUCGAGAAAGUACUAAAAGCUCAGCCGGGCAACUACGAGACGAUGAAGAUAUUAGGCUCCCUGUACGCGAACUCCGCCUCGCAGUCCAAGCGCGACAUCGCGCGACAACACCUGAAGAAGGUCACGGAACAGUUCCCUGAUGAUGUCGAGGCUUGGAUCGAGCUGGCGCAGAUAUUGGAGCAGAAUGACCUGCAGGGUUCCCUAAACGCAUACAGCACAGCGAUGAAAAUACUCAAAGAGAAAGUGAAUGCGGACAUUCCGGCUGAAAUACUGAACAACGUGGCCGCACUACACUACAGACUGGGGAAUCUACACGAGGCUAUGAAGUAUCUUGAGGAAGCUCUCGAAAGAGAGAAAGCGGAUGCGGAAACCCUAGACGCGCAGUAUUACAAUUCAAUCGCCGUCACCACUAUGUACAACUUGGCGCGGCUCAAUGAGGCGCUGUGCAUCUAUAACAAAGCCGAGAAGUUAUACAAGGAUAUAUUGAAGGAGCAUCCUAACUAUAUUGACUGUUAUUUGAGGUUAGGUUGCAUGGCCCGAGACAAAGGUCAGAUUUACGAGGCCUCUGAUUGGUUCAAAGAGGCGUUGAAAGUGAACACCGAACAUCCAGACACGUGGUCACUGCUGGGCAACCUUCAUUUGGCCCAGCAGGAGUGGGGUCCAGGACAGAAGAAGUUCGAGAGGAUACUGCAGAAUUCUUCGACUGCCGACGACGCGUAUUCUUUGAUUGCUCUUGGAAACGUGUGGCUCCAAACCCUCCACCAGCCGUGUCGAGACAAAGAGAGAGAGAAACGCCACCAGGAGCGGGCGCUGGCGAUGUACAAGCAGGUGCUGAGGACCGACGCCAGGAACAUCUGGGCGGCCAACGGCAUCGGCUGCGUGCUGGCGCACAAGGGUUGCGUGAACGAAGCGCGCGACAUUUUUGCGCAAGUCCGCGAGGCCACAGCCGACUUCCCCGACGUUUGGAUGAACAUAGCGCACAUCUAUGUCGAACAGAAACAGUACAUCAACGCUAUACAGAUGUACGAGAACUGCAUCCGCAAAUUCCGCAUGAACCACGACGUGGAAUGGCUGACAUGGGUGGGCCGCGCCCACAGCCUGGCCGGUAGAGCCUCAGCCGCCAGGGCUGCGUUGCUCAGGGCCCGCAGGGUGGCGCCACAUGACACGGCGUUGCUGUACAACACUGCCUUGACCUUGAGACGAAGGGCUGCUUUAGUUUUGAAGGACGAAAGGUCCGAUUUGGACGUGGUAUUAAGGGCCGUACACGAGCUGCAAGUUUCUCAUAAGUACUUCCAACGCCUGUCGUCAGUGGAGGCGGGCGCGGGCGCGGGCGCGGGCGCGGGUGCGGGCGCGGGGGCGGGUGCGGGGGCGGGCGCGGGCGCGGGGGCGGAGCGCGCACGCUACGAGCCCGGCGCGGCCGCCGCUGAGGCGCGCACCUGCGGGGAUCUGCUGUCGCAGGCACAAUGGCACGUGGCUCGUGCGCGACGUCUGCACGACGAGGAAGUUACGUUGCGCGACCGACAGCGCGAACAGAGGGAGGCCUUCCGCAGGCAACAGGAAGAAGAACGCAAACGUCGCGAGGAAGAACAACAGAAGAGCACAGUGGAAAUGCUGCAAAAGCGUCAAGAAUACAAAGAGAAAACGAAGAACGCGUUACUCUUUGCGGAAAUGCCGCCCGAGAACAAGCCAAAAGGCGGCCGAGGACGCAGGAAGGACGAAUAUAUCUCGGAUUCCGGCAGCGGGAGUGAUGCGCCGAGAGGAGGGGAUGACGCGGGACGAGAGAAAAUCAAAAGCAAGCGCAAGCGAGAAAAGGGGGAGGGGAAGGAACGCAAGGGGAGGUCGCGGAAACGACGAGAACGCGGCUCCGGCUCCGACAGCGACCCGCCACGGAAGAGGGGGCGGAAGAAGGGAGAGAAAGGCAUUGGACGCCGCGAGAAAGCAAAAGCGGCUGAAGAGAAACUCAGCGCGAAACAGCGCGCCAAAAUCGUAUCCAAAGAGACCAUAUCCACUUCAGAGUCGGACUCCGACCACUCACGCAAGUCUCGUAGCCGUAGCCGCAGUCGUAGUGGUCGUAGCCGCAGUCGUAGCGGCAGUGGUAGCCGCGAGCCGCCAGCUAAUAAAGGAAGGAAGAGGAUUAUGUCUGCUUCUGAUAGCGAUAGAUCCAGGUCAAGAUCGAAAAGUCGUUCGAAAUCGAAGUCGAGGAGUCGCUCGAGGUCCAAGAGCGGAUCACGCAGUCGUUCCCGAUCGAAGAGCCGAUCCAAAAGCCGAUCCAGAUCCAAAAGCAGAUCUAGGUCCAAAAGCAAGUCUAGAUCCAGGUCUAAGAGCGGGUCGCGAUCAAAGAGUCGAUCGAAAUCAAGGUCCAAGAGUCGUUCGCGCUCCAAGAGCGGAUCUCGGUCGAAAAGCCGGUCGAAGUCGCGAUCAAGGUCCAAAAGCAAAUCUCGUUCGAGAUCCCGUUCAAAGAGCGGAUCUCGUUCGCGAUCGCGCUCCAAAAGCCGUUCCCGCUCCAAGAGUCGAUCCCGUUCCAAAAGUCGUUCCCGCUCCGGUUCUCGGUCUCGCUCCGGAUCCCGGCACUCGCGCCCGGAAACUCCAGUCUCCAGGAAAUCUGUCUCCGCGAGCGAAGACGAAGCUUAGUUGUAUGUGUAAAUAUUACGUUACCUGUAAGGUAGCUUUAGAUAGCGUCCGUAUUUUAUAAAUGAAUAGGUUUUUUUCAACAGUGUUUAUUUUUGACAGUGAAGCAAUAUUUAAAUAAUUUGAAUAUUAUACAGGGUUACUGGUAUCUAACGCAUAACCUUCGAAGGGCGCAUAAGGUACAUAGAGACUAACAUCUUUUGUUCUACGAUUUUUGUCUAAACGUAAGAAAUAAAAAAAUGUUCUAUUUUUUAGUUUUUAAUGUCGUUUCUAUAAAACGUUGCGUCUAUGUUCGAUUCCGCUACAUAACGCUACUGUACUGUCUUGUAUUGUUUGGCUAUUACAUAGAGUUAAGAUGUGUAGGAUCGCAAAUUAAGUUGUAUUUUUUAUAUGAAAAAAAAACUACGAAUCACGAAAAGUCGUAGAAUAAAAGUUGCUUGUUUUGAUGUAACCCUGUAUGAUAUAAAUUAUAUAAUAAUAUUUUCCUUAUGGAAGGUCUGUGCCUCAGCAGAAGUUUCAUUAGCUGAUGAUGAUCAAUAAUAACAUCACUCACGCCGUUUUUCGGUUUAGAUAUCACGCGUUUGACGUAAAAACAAAUAAAUUCCCUUCCGCUUGUGAUAUUUCGUGAUUUUUGCUAAACUUCCCCCCAUUGAAGCCUCACGUGAUUAAUGGACGAGCCCUUUUUAUGAAUAAUAGGGUAAGAAAUUAGCCACGUUGACUGCGGCGCGUUUUAACAAUAGUUUUUAUAGAAAUAAGUAGUACUUUUGUUAUUCUAUAUUAUGUUUUAUAUUAACUCUUUUUCAUUAACCGAUUAAGUACCGAUUUGAAUUUCUAAAUCGGUUGCGUAGUUUGAAAGAUAUGCAUACAUAGGGACAGAUAGACAAAGCGAUUACUAUGUAAUGAUGGUAUGGAUAUCAGAAUCUGAAAUGUUCAACGUGUGUUUAGCCGCAAUCAACGUGUUUAGUUUUUGAAAUAAGAAGUCGAUAUGGAUCUUAGAUUUUCAUGUAAAAUCACGAAAUAUUGUCAGAAAAAUGUAUCGAUAGAAUAGAAUUGAAUUUGGCUAGCUUAUUUUAGAAUAUAUAGAUUUCAAGGAAUGUUUGAUUUAUUUUCAACAAUAAGUACUGUGAAGUGAUGAUUACAUGUUAGGACUCUGAGGAGUGUGUAACAGAUAUAUUAUGCGGGGUUCACCCUAUCGGAAAGAAGUUUUCCAAACUUUGAUUAGGUAACUACGUAAAUAAAUAAAUGUAUAUUGAUGUACAUUGCUGGUUUUUCCUUGCGGUUAAAAAAGGUCACAUACAAACUCUGAAAUGUACGUUCACUCGGUAUCUGUCCGAAUUCUAAAAAGAAUUUUAGAUAGCUAAAAAGGUUAAAAUGGUAGUCAAUAAAUUAUAAUAUAUAUAAUUAAACCUCUGUUUUAUUUUACGACAUAUUAAAACACCAUAUUCAAAUAAAAUAUUUUGUGAAUUUUCUGAAAUAUAAUUUCUUUCCAACAACUUACACUUUCGCUUUGAGUUUUUGCCUAGCAUUUUCGAAACUUAUUAUAUUGUGAAAUCCUGUAUAAUUUCAAUAAAGUCAAUGUAACCUUAA